AUGGCAGAUGGAGUGCUGAAUGAUUUGGGAAUACCCCUAGGUCUCUGGAUAUUUAUGGUGGGACUGAGCAAGGAGCCUGGUCAGUGGCAUCCAAAGGGGGAGUCAGAAGUCCUAGUGCUCACCUCUCCUGGUAGAGGAGGGAUCAAGGCUCUGAUAGCAACAGGUGUAGCGUUGGAUAGUUUGGGGCUGCCCUCAGAUGUGGGCUCUGUUGAGGGCCUUGCCUAUCACAGAGCCUGGGACACUCUUUACUGGACCAGCUCCAGCACGUCCUCCAUCACCAGGCACACAGUAGAUCAGACUCAGCCUGGAGCAAUUGACAGAGAAGCAGUCAUCACCAUGUCAGAAGAUGACCAUCCUCAUGUGCUUGCUUUAGAUGAAUGCCAAAAUUUGAUGUUUUGGACCAAUUGGAAUGAACAGCAUCCCAGUAUCAUGAGAGCCACAUUGACUGGGAAGAAUCCCCAUGUGAUAGUCAGCACAGAUAUACUCACUCCAAAUGGACUCACCAUUGACCACCGUGCAGAGAAGCUCUAUUUCUCAGAGGGCAGCUUGGGCAAAAUUGAAAGAUGUGAAUACGAUGGAUCCCAAAGACAUGUGAUUGUCAAGUCUGGACCAGGAACUUUCCUUAGUCUGGCAGUUUAUGACAAUUAUAUCUUCUGGUCAGACUGGGGACGAAGAGCUAUUUUGCGUUCGAACAAAUUCACAGGAGGAGAAACAAAAAUCCUUCGUUCUGAUAUUCCACAUCAGCCAAUGGGAAUCAUAGCUGUUGCUAAUGACACUAAUAGCUGUGAACUCUCUCCAUGUGCAUUACUGAAUGGAGGUUGCCAUGACCUCUGCCUUUUAACACCUGAUGGAAGAGUGAAUUGCUCCUGUAGAGGUGACCGAGUAUUGCUAGCUAACAACAGAUGUGUGAGUCACACGACAGGGCAGGAGUCUGGUAAUAACUUUGAUCUGAACAGCAAAGGGAGUAUACUGUGUGCAGCACAGACCUGUUGCUGUGCCAAAGUUUAUAUUAUUCAAUUGCCCCGAAUAAGCUACCUGCAACCCUCUGCUGCUGAGAGGUGGACAGGCCAACAUGAAAACAUUUAA